CGAUCUAAGGGAUGGUAAAAGGACGCUGACGACGAAUACUCGCUGAAGCGGACUGUUUGUGUUCUCAAGCGUUCGAAGUAGCUCCUUUUUUGCUUGUGUCUCAGUCAGUGGCAACAGUAACUCCCGACGCGUGUGUCCAACAAGCGAUGUUGAAAUCUCACCCACCACUGCUUUGUGUUAUUUUGUGCGUGAUUGCACUAGCAGUGGAAGUUAUCACUCCAACGCAGGCCUGCGAUCUGGACCAAACCCAGCAUGGGUGCCGGAUAGACAACGGUCAGUGCACUUGUGCGUUCGGAUGCAUAUCAGAGUUCCGCUACGCAACACGGAAGGAGUGCCAGGAUGCACUGAAGGGUCGCACGAACGAUAUUUGCAGCCGGAAACCGUGUAUGAACGGUGGAUCGUGCACACAGGUUACGGCCAUGCCACAGUACAAGUGUCGUUGCGAUGGAACUGGCUAUUGGGGAAACAGAUGUCAUAGGUUAUGUCCGAAACCUGACCAGUUAGCUCCCGGAAACAAGUUCCCCUACGAAUGUGUUGUCAUAUAACAUGCUUCCGUCUGGUGGAAGUUUCAGUAUGGUAGCACCGCAAUUUGGACCGGAUGGAGAGGUAAAUUUACGCCGAUGUCGACGCACAUACUUUGUAGGACCAGUACCAGUUGUUAAGCCGCUAAGCCAUUCUUCAGAUAAACAUAAAUGAGGCUAAUAAAAAGAUGGAAGUUAUUCGCAUUUGAAACAGGCUGACAAUGGCACGCGACCAGGAUAUACUCGGUAGAGUGUAGCACAUUUUUAUAUAAGCAUUAUUUACUACAACCAAUUUGCAUUGUUCUGUGAAUCUUAAAGUAAUAUUUUUUAAUUCCUAACCAAUAUAAAUAAAAUGUAAAUAAAGUGACAAGUGA